AAUUUUUUUUUUUUUAUAAUCACUUCUUGAUGUUAGUACAACGAAAUUCUUAAAAAAAUAAAUAAAUAAAUUGGAAACUACUGACACGGAUUAUGGGGUCCACCUAGAACAUGUUCCACAACUUUAGUCUAACGACGCAGGGCCGAAGGAGUCAUAUGCUUCAUUAUAAUUUUCUACAUAUUCAUUCAUUCGUCGCUCCUCAGCACUCACUCAGUAGCCUCCUCUCCUCUUCCAAGAAAGCAAGAUUUCUCACACAAGCAAAGUCCCCUUGAGUUGCUAGAUUCUCUUGUCUCUGCUAAAAAUUCCCAGGGAAUGAACAACUUCAAGGGUUUUGGUCCUUAUGGAUUCCGACCAUCGGAGGCAGAGCUCAUCGGAUACCUACGAAACAGAACUUUGCUCGGCCGUGAUUGCUUGGUCCAAGAUAUUACUCUUCUUGAUGUCGACAUUUGCAAGUGGGAGCCCUGGGAUUUACCUGGUCCAACUAGACUUUCAUCAGGAGCCAUUAGUCGAGAUGGAAGUAUCUAAUGACUAUGACUGGAUUCAAAAUCAAUCAAGCAUUAGUGAACAAACUAAUGAGUUCGUAAAUUCAUUUCCUGUUGUUUAUUCCGAGACUUAUCCUGAAGAAAGAAACAAUCAAGAGGACUUUGUCAAUGGUGGGAAUAAAGUUAAUUCCAACCUGCAGCCAUUUAAUCUCGAAUACUAUGUUGCAGAUUAUGCAAUUCCACAAAAUCCACAGGUAGACUAUAUGCGGCCCAUUACAAACCCAGAAGGGGCUCAAAAUCAGCUAAUUUAUACCACUCAACAUGAUCAUUCCUUCCAAAAUGUUCUCACUUAUAAUGAUGAAACCUACCCUGAGGAAAGAAGCAACCAACAUAAUAUAGUUGCAGAGGAUGAGGGCGUCAACUUGCCUUCAAAUUUCUAUAACGAUCCUAUAGCUGAUAUAAGUCAAAUGAACUUGUUUGACUUUGAUGAUUUAUACUGGGACGGGAUAUACCUUCAUGAGUUGAAAGCAACUGAUAACAACUGUGAUGGGGUUCAGAAUCAAUCUAGUAUUAACCAGCAAGUUGCUGAUGAGUUCAGGAAUUCAAAUUUGAUUGGCAAUGAAAUUGCCUACCCUGAUGAAAGAAACAAAUCAGCAGCCGCUGAGAUAGAGGGCUCCAACUUGCCUUCCUUGGGGAUGACUGAAUCUUCCCAUCCAAUGGAGUCGUUCAGGAAAGGAUCAGGCAUGGAGCAUGAAGGAUCGAGCACUGACAUAGGAACUGAAGUAGCUCAAGCACAGGCAAAGAAGAGAAGAUUUUAGUGGCAAAUGGACUUGAGUUUGAUUCCUGUAAUAUAUGGAGUGUAAUGUUAAGUGUUGCUUGUGAGAUCUGUUUUCUUGACAUUUUCUAUUAUUAAAUAAGCUCUUUUAAACCCAGUCUCAAAACAUUUUUUGAUAGCAUUCAAAAAUUGUCUCUUUUCAAAAAUAAGAAAAGAUUGUUCAUAUAUAUAAUACCUCUGUUCACAGAAUUCAAAUGAGUAAUGCUCUGAGAGUAGAUUAUCCAAGGAGAGAUGGAGUAAA